UUCAUUCUCUAGCCAUGGAGUACGUGGUGGCGAGAAGUGAAGAGAUGGCAGUUUCUAGUGAUUCUCAGAAGCCAGUUCCAGCUCCAUUUCUCAUAAAAACUUACCAACUUGUUGAUGAUCCACUCACCAACCACAUUGUCUCCUGGGGAGAGGAUCACACCACCUUUGUUGUUUGGAGACCCCCUGAGUUUGCUAGAGAUCUCCUCCCCAACUACUUCAAGCACAACAACUUCUCAAGCUUUGUUAGGCAGCUCAACACUUAUGGUUUUAAAAAGAUAGUUGCAGAUAGAUGGGAGUUUGCUAAUGAGUUCUUUAGGAAAGGAGAGAAACAUUUGCUGUCUGAGAUACAUAGAAGGAAAACAACUCAUAUUACUCAGCAAUACUACAAUGUUUCCGAUGAAAUACCGCAUUCAAGCGACGGUGAUGCCGGCUAUAUCUUGGCUCUCUUGGAGGAUAAUGAAAGGUUGAGGAGAAGGAACUCCGUUCUCUUAUCAGAGAUCAUUCAUAUGAAGAAGCUUUACAAUGACAUCAUCUUCUUUCUUCAAAACCAUGUCAGCCCAACAAUGCCAAAUGCAAAGCUCGGUAGGAUUUUAGAGUUGGGUUCUUCUCAUGGUUCAUUAAUGAAAGGAAUUGAUCAUGCUGCCAUGGAUAGCAGUUUCAAGCUUUUUGGUGUUUCCAUUAAUGGCAAGAAGAGAUUGCACCCAGAAAUUGUAGGGGAUGCAGAUGUUGAAGCUAGUCUUUAGAUUAACAGUAUAAUGAGUGGUUUAUGUGAAGAUGAAAGUGUCUACAAUAUUGAUCUUCAAUGCAUAUUGAGGCUAUAUUAGUCCUAGCAAGCUAGCUAGCUUGUUCAUUAACCUUUUCUUUUCAGUAGAAGACUCCAUUGAAAUGCAUGUUUCUUUAGAUCUUUAGCUCUCCAUAUAUAUAUAUAUUUAUGAUUGAA